GCAGAUUUCACAACCGGUGUGUUGACCAAUAGUAUACUACAGUUUCUUACCAAGCGUCCCAGUCCCCUCUGUCAGGCGCCCACGCCCACUCUCUACUUUUUAAGUGACACCAACAACUACAUUCAACUCCCUGUCUGUUUCUUGUUAUUUUUAUUUUUUCAGACACAGAGAGACACAGAGAGAUGAGUAUUCUUGGUUUCUCCUCUUCUUCUUCUUGUUCUUCUUAUCUCUUACACCCAUCUCUCCCUAAUCUUCAAACCCCUUUUCAAUCUUUCCCUUCUCUUUCAUUCUCCAAGAUUUCCAGUUUUAAAGCCACCCAGUACCCCAAAUUCACCAAUGCUGUUCACUCAACAAUCAACUGUUCUGCCACUGCUUCCCAGCUCACCAAGGGCUCUGAUGAAUCUCUGGAAGAGAAGGGCGUGGAAGCGAAAAGUGUAUCAGUAAUUCUUUUGGCCGGAGGAAAGGGAACAAGAAUGGGUGCGAGCAUGCCAAAGCAGUACCUUCCACUUUUAGGGCAACCAAUCGCUUUAUAUAGUUUCUAUACCUUCUCGCUAAUGCCAGAAGUAAGGGAAAUUAUUGUGGUUUGUGAUCCUUCUUACCGAGACAUCUUUGAAGAUGCAAAAGAAAAGAUUCAGGUGAACCUAAAAUUUGCAUUGCCUGGGAAGGAAAGACAAGAUUCUGUUUAUAGUGGAUUUCAGGCAGUUGAUUCAAAUUCUACACUUUUGUGCAUCCAUGAUUCUGCAAGACCUCUGGUGUCAUCAAUUGAUACAAAAAAGGUUCUGAUAGAUGGUUGGCUGAUUGGAGCAGCUGUUCUUGGUGUACAUGCAAAAGCUACAAUAAAAGAGGCAAAUACCGCAUCUUUUGUAGUAAAAACUCUGGAUCGGAAAACACUAUGGGAAAUGCAAACCCCUCAGGUGAUCAAGCCUGAGAUACUAAGAAGAGGGUUUGAGCUUGUUAACAGGGAAGGCUUGGAAGUCACUGAUGAUGUGUCGAUCGUGGAGCACCUUAAACUUCCAGUUUACAUCACAGAAGGCUCUUACACCAACAUCAAGGUUACAACCCCAGAUGAUUUGUUGCUGGCCGAAAGAAUAUUGAAUACCACCUCAUCUUGAUAUACGUUCUGGUAAAACCUUGCCAUUCGGUGUUAUAGUAGUGUUAGUUCUAGCUAGAGGUUACAAAAUACUUCAAACAUGCACUUUUGUUCUAUUUUCUUGCGUGUUUUUUCAUUAACCUUGUCAGAUACAUUUCAAGGAAUAAUAAGAUGAUGUUAUUUUGAAAAAUGUU